AUGCUUAGCACGUCGACGGAUCUAGCACGUCUUUCGCAUGUCGCGCAGCUGCUAAGCUGUGUGAUUCCCCGGCAGCCACUCAUCAAAGGCAGCGUCGUCUAUCCCCUCAGCUUCACCGGACGCACCCUCGUAUCGACGCUUGCCGAUAUGUUGUCGCAGUAUGUGCAUGUGUCUCCGUGCUUUUCCGCGUCUGAGUCUCUAUUGCUGCACGCUGCGCGCGCGCUUGCGCUGAAUAUGGCGCGCUCGCUGCAAACGCAACUGUUCCUACACGAGGCCGACUGGGAAGACCAGCCCAUGUCCGACGAUGUUGGUGGCGUGUACAUGCUGUACUCCGACCGCACCCACACAGACAAGGCGUCGCCACCGCAGGUGGCCAUGCCCGGCCUCUCAGCCGAGUUGUUUGUUUCGACACCCUGGGAUACAAUCGCCCUCUCGCCUGUGGCAGCGGCUGCUGCCGCCUCAGUGCCAAGCCAUGAUCUGCCCUCUGGUCUAUUCACACCACUCACGCGCUGCUACAGCCCGACUUGCUCCCACACAGAGGGCACUUGCUAUGCGCCCAGCUGCGCCCGCACGAAGCGCAUGCUGUUGUGUACGCUUGAGGAGCCGAGGGAGACGGUCGACACUGUGGCCGCUGCCGCUUGGGUCGAGACUGUCCCUGCGGCGCUCGUUGCGUCGCUUCCCCGCGAGGAGGUGAAGCGCCAAAAUGCCAUCUACGAGUUUGUGCAGAAAGAAGAGGCGUUCCUGCAGGACCUGGAUCUGCUGCGCCAGUGGGAGGAGCGCCUGCGUCAGCGCUCGACGCAAGCGUCGGUGGGGCUGCUGAACGAUGCGCCGCUGCCGGGCGAGGCGCUCGAGUCGUUUGUGCGUGACGUGUUUGGGCUCGUGGCGCCACUCCAGGUCCAUAUCCAGGCUUUUGUGGACCGCUUGCUCGAGCGGCAGCGGGAGGAGGCGCCGGUCGUGCAGCACAUUGCCGACGUGAUUGUUCGUGCAGCGCUCGAAUGGUCGAAUGCGUACACAGUGUAUGUGGCGCACUAUCCUAUUGCGCUCGCACGCUUCAAGGCGGAAGUUGCCGGCAAUGCACGGCUUCGGCGCUUUGUGGAUGACUGCCGGCGCGAUCCAGCAGCACAGCGCCACGCUCUCGAUCAAUUCCUGUUCCGCCCGCCGGCGCGGCUGCAGCGGUACCACCUGCACUUAGAGUCGAUCGCGAAGUACACGCCACCCGACAACGAGGAAACUGAGACCCUGGCGCUGGCCCUGUCGAUCGUGGACGAGCAAUGUCGCCGUGCGCAGAUCGGCGUCGAAGAAAGCGAGACACAGCUCCAUCUGCGUCAUCUCGCGAGUCAGUUGGAGCCAAAGCGGCCGGAAGUGCUGGUGGAUUUGAACCUGCGGCACCCCCAGCGCCGGGUGCUCCUGGAGACGCCUCUAUUUCGCUGGCCGGACAAUUUUGAGUUCGAGUGGACGGAAAUGCGUGGCAUCCUGCUAGACAACUACAUGGUGGUUGCCAAACUCAAGUCGGACGAGGGGGGGGCCGCUCGCGACGCACCUGCGAAGCUCGUCUACAGCAAGCGCCCGAUCCCCUUGCCAUGCCUCGAUGCCGGCGGCUUCCGCGACCCCCCGGUCGGUCGCAGCUCCGUUGGCCGGCGCCUGCUGCCGACAGACGUGCAUGGGAUGUACCCCUUCUCCGUAUGGCACCGCUUCCGGCCUGCACAGGUGUGGACACUGUACGCGCCAUCGGAAGAGGUGCGCCAGGUAUGGCGCCAGGCACUGAGCCGCUCGGCGACGAACGAUCCAGCGUCGGGUCCCCUCGUGCGCUGCGACUGCAGUGGUGACAUGUUUCAUCCCCCCAUCGCGUCGCCCAGCACCUUCCUGCCAUGGCGCGAUGCGCCCGGAGUGGUCGACCUCACAUGUACCGCCUCGUGGCUUGGCCCUAGCGGCGAGAAGCUGCUGGCGAUCGGCACGUCUGACGGCGUGUGGAUCGGGCACCAAGCGCAGCCGACGACGCUGCGCAAAGUGCUGCAUGUGCGUCACGUAACGCAGUGUGCGGUGCUUGCGCCAUACCACCGCUUCCUCGUGCUGGCUGACCGCACACUAAUAGCGUACGACCUCGAAGCGCUCGUGCCGAGCGGCGCGAGCGUGCCGAGCCUGGCGCCACUGCGCCUGAGCCAUGCACGGGAGGUGCAGUUCUUUGCCAUGGGCGAGCUCGAUGGGCGUCCCUACCUCGUCUAUGCGAAGCGUAAAGCGACGGAAACGAGUGUGCGGGUGAUGGUGCCGGUCACCUCCGUCGCCUCGGAGCGGCAGCCGGCGUCGCUGACGGGUCUUCACCUGCUGCAUAAAUUCUACGUGUAUCCUGAAGCGACGCACAUUCAGUGCUCCGCCCGCGUCUUGUUCGUUUCCACGCCCCGCGCCAUGUUCUCGUACAGUCUCGAGGAUCAGGAACUCGUGCCGUUUCCCGCUGCGCGUCAGCGCGACGAGCGUGGCCAGGCGCUGCUGCGUCAGUGGGACAAUGCACACCCACUCGGGGCCUUUGCUGUGCGGGACUUGGGUUGGCUCGUGUGCUUUGAUCGCGGUGGCAUGUAUGUCGAUGGUAACGGGCAGCUCGUGCAGCCUGAGCAGGCAUUUACGUGGGAGGCGCCCGCACAGCGCGUGCUCUAUCAUAAGGGCUAUGUACUGGCUGGCUACACGUCGUGUAUUGAGGUACGUGAGGCGCACACUGGACGCCUCGCCCAGAUCCUUGUAGGCCGUGAUUUGCGCCUCCUGUCGCGACAGGAUGCGGCCGCAGAGUCGCAGCUCUCGGCGUGCCCUGUGCCGACGAUGGUGGAGCUGCGCAAGUCGUCGGACCGCCGCGACGUGCCACGCGUUAUGGCGCUCGUGCCAAGAGAUACCCCGAGUACGUAG